ACCACCAGCACCACCUCAGUGCUGGGCUCCACGGGGACCUCCUUGUUUGGAUCGGUGGCCACUUCUUCAGCCCCAGCCUCCUCCUCCUCCUCCACCACGGGCCUCUCACUUGGUGCCACUUCCACGGGGACAGCCAGCCUGGGGACACUGGGCUUUGGAUUGAAAGUUCCUGGAACAACAGCUGCCACAACAAGCACUGCCACUGGGACCACUUCUGCUUCUGGCUUUCCUUUGAAUCUGAAGCCAUUGACUACGACUGGUGCCAUUGGAGCUGUGACCUCCACAGCUGCCAUAACCACAACCACCACAACCAGUGCCCCCCCAGUGAUGACUUAUGCCCAGCUGGAGAGUUUGAUAAACAAGUGGAGCCUGGAACUGGAAGACCAAGAGAAGCACUUCCUCCAUCAAGCUACACAGGUCAAUGCCUGGGACCGGAUGCUGAUAGAGAAUGGGGAGAAGAUCACUUCGUUACACAGAGAAGUGGAGAAGGUGAAGGUUGAUCAGAAGAGACUGGAUCAGGAGCUUGACUUCAUUCUGUCCCAGCAGAAAGAGCUGGAGGACUUGCUGACCCCUCUGGAGGAGUCUGUGAAGGAGCAGAGCGGCACCAUCUACCUGCAGCACGCCGAUGAGGAACGGGAGAGGACGUGAGGCACAAAUCUGCUG